CCACUCUUCCUCCUGCCGGUCUCUUGCUGCCCAGCCUAGCUAGCUAUCUAUAAACACCCCCCGCACCUCGCGCCUCCUCUCCUUCUCCCUCUCCGAUCGCCCAGCGCGCGCCUCUCUAUCCCGGGGCGGAGAUAUAUAAAUACACGAUCUUGAUCGGUGGGCAUGGGUGUCUGAGCCACCUGCCGGGGGCCCGCGGGCGCCAUUGAUGAGAGCACGGUUGUUCGUGGCGGCCGGACGCGAUGUCCGUUGUGGCGGCGGCGGCGGCUGCGGCCGUGGGGCCCGGCGCCGGGGCGGCGGCGUCUUACGGGCAGAUGUGCGGCGGCGGGGCGAGGAAGAGGAAGGACGUGGUCCUGGACCAGGAGGCGGAGGAGGAGGCGCGGGGUGACGGCGGCGUCGCGGCGCGCCGGCAGCCGCUCGCGGGGCUGUUCGUGCUGGAGACGGUGGAGGAGGCGGCGGAGGAGGAGAGGUCGUCCAUCGGCGCGGCGUCGGAGGACGAGGAGGAGGAGGGGGAGGAGGCGGACAGCGGGGGCGCACCGGCGGCGGCGAGGAGGAAGGGCGGCGCCGGCGCGCUCGCGUGCAUGGACGCCCUCGACGACGCGCUCCCCGUCAAGAGGGGCCUGUCCAACUUCUUCUCCGGCAAGUCGCGGUCGUUCGCGAACCUGCAGGACGCGGCGUCCGCGGUGAGCAGCGCGCGCGACCUGGCCAAGCCGGAGAACCCGUUCAACAAGCGGCGGCGCGUGCUCCGGUGCUGCUCCAUCCGGCGGGUCGCUUCCACCUCGCUCACCGCGCUGCCGCCCUUCCUCCCGCCGACCGCCGCCGGGAGCAACGGCGCCGGCGACUGCGCCGCCGGCAGUGGCUGAAGGACGGUACAAAUCGAGGAGGAGGAAGACAAGGUGGGCGAGAAUGCACGCAAUGGAUGGAUGGAUCGAUCCUUCGUAACAGUUUAGGAUCCCGUCUCAUCGACCAUGGUACACAUACAUACAUACUUAGCGCUAGGUGUUGAUUAAAAUUUCUUCUUUUAGACACCAGCAAGCAAUCAAGCACUUGUUCGUCGUAGCUUAAAUUGCAUUUGCAUUGAGCUGGCUGACCUCCAGAUCCAAUCCAAUCCAAGAGAGCGUGAGCACCAGACAGGAGUUUGUGGUGUUCAUGGUGCUACCUGCUGUGAUCCCAUUGGAGAGGGAGAGCUGGCCUGGCUCGCUCCUCCACCAAACUAACCCUUUUCUGAAGCAGAUGAAGUAAACAAGUGUACUAGCUCCCUUUUCCAUCCUAAUCUGUUCAUUUGAUCGUAGUGCGUUGCGUACUCUAAUCCUAAAUACUCCCAUUUCUAGCAAGCAGUAGCAUUAGUAUACAUACAGCACCGCACCGUAGUUGGCAACCAACAACCACACUUUGUAACAUGAUCAGCCUAGCCUUUUGAUCUGCUGAAUGAAAGAGCAAGAUGGAUCAGGCCAUGCCUGGUUGGUGUAAUUGUACUCUA